AAGGUGAAUUUUCUGUUCGCCAUGUGCACGGAGGAAGGCUUCCUGGAGUAUUCGAGCUUCAGGAAAGUCUUGUCCUCCUUUCUACGCGCCGUGUGGCGCUUGGGCAGCGGUACGCGGCGAAUGGUCUCAGCGAGUCCGACGGUUUUGGAUUCUUUGGCCUUUUCUCUGUUUCGAUCUCAUGAUCCCGCUCUGUCCAGAGACACCUUUUCGAGAAUGGCCACAGAUGACGUGGUGGGCACCUUACUCCGUCGCUUCUCCGCUGGUCGCGCAGAGCACGUGGAAUCUGUAGCUCCAUGGCACACGAUGGGGCGGAGAAAGGUGCAGGAGGACGUCUCAUCACCAAGCAGUGCCAUGGUGAAAACCUAUGUGGAUGACUUGGACCAGCCGCUCCCACGGCGCAAAGGUUACUUCUUGGCAGUUCAGUCUGCGCGUGAAUCUGCAUUGUACCAGGAGCUGGAACAUAUCAAAGUUGAACGGAUGAAGGAUGCCAAGGAAAGGACUCGCAGCAACUUGGAUUUGGAAUUAAGAGAAGCAGAAAUCCGCAAAGAGCUCAGAGGAGAGGUGGAGGAUGAUGUUGCAAGGCGCGAGUACCGAAGAAAGGUGCAAAAGUUUUGGCAUCGCUCCAGACCUAACAGUGCAGUGUGCAGACGGCACAAGGUGGUUUGUCAGGGCCACUUGUGGACCGCCAGCUCGAAUCAUCUUGCCCGUGGUGGGGUGCUACCUGCAGGAGUCCCUCGUCCAAUCACUCCAACAGCUUUGCAAAGAGCCCUCAAGUCAGUCAUCUCAAGUAGCAGCCAGCCAAGCCGCACGAUUGCUGAUCGGGUUCUGAAAGAAUUUCAAAGCGACAAGGGCAAAGGGGAUGUGCAAAAAAACAUGAAAAGGAUAACAAGCGUUCGUGGCAAGGCAUUCUCCAUGCUGCAAACGGAUGACAAACUGUCUCAGACCUCAUCUGAUGAGGCGGAUGAGAGAUGUUUGUUCAAACGGUCAGCUGUCUUGGAAGCCUUCAAGUUGUACCGAAGUGACUACUGGCUCACACAAGGUGGUGGCAUUCGUUCACUCUUGAAGUCAGGUUUACCCAUGCAGGUGUCCAAGGAUCUCAGUGCUGCAGAUGCAGCCUGGCGCAGAAAGGUGGAGCUGGACCUGAUGUUCCAAGAAGUUGCGGAAGAGAACUGUUCCAUCCACACCCCUGCUGCUUCACAAGAGCUGACUCUCAGAGGUUUCUUGAAGGCAGUCUUCCCCUUGGCCAAAAAGACGGACAUUUGGACAAUGAUGAAAUGGAUCAAACGACCUCAAAAACAGAACAAGAUUCAAAGCCAACAGAAGAUUGCAAAGCCCGAUCUUGGCUUGCUGCGGGAUGUGAUCGAGUUGUUUGAUGCUAUUGAUGCGAAGAAGACAGGCUACGUGCCCAUUGAAGCGGUGGAGCAGUUUCUGUCUGGUGAAAUCGUAACACAAGGCGAACAUGCGCGAUUGAAUCAGCGUCGACAAGCCCGAACCAAUCAGCGCAGUGUGACCGACUUCGUGUCCUACAAAGGGAACCCUCGGGCGGCCCUGAUUCUCAACAGGACUCUGGAUGAUCGACCUGAGUGGAGUGUGUCACCCUCCGAGGAGAACACAUCCGCAGUUGCCCGACAGGGACAUCAUCGGAAUUCUUUGUCCCGAAGAACCUUGGAACAAAGGAUGGAUGCAUUGUCCAGUGCUUUGGAUUCGGAGCUCUACCAGUUGGCCUUGGGGGAUGACAACCUGAUUAGCGAGACCAUCGAGGCUGCCAGCAAUCCGUGGCAUCACGAGCACUUGGAGUCCGUGAAUGAGGAAUUGUACACAGGUCAGCCGGGCAUGAAGAAAGUGCGCCUUGUGCGGCUCUAUUGGCGUUACAUGGUUGGAAGCGCAAUUGUUCAGCAGCUCCGGGAAGAUUCUUGCUGUUUGGAGUUGAAAGAUGGAAAGCUGGAUUUGAUGGGCUUUAUGUGCGUGCUGGCACAGGAUCAAGUGAACACCAUCUUUGCCUUGAGCCCCGCGCAGCGCGUGGGAUCGGGGCAGAUUCGUCGCUUGGCCUAUGCAUUUGACUAGGACCAGCGGUGCCAGAAUUGGUUGCGGAACAAAUGAGGCAAACAACAGGAUAUUUGCUGGUGAAAAGUAUGGAAAAUUAUGGCGUCCUGUAGAUAUUCC